AUGGAGCGAGCCUCUCGUGGGGAGUUUCCUACAUCGUUCACCUGUAGAGAAGCCCUCGACCUCGUCCUUCACUUUCGCAAGUCUAUCUACGAAAGUGACGAUCCGGUCACUGGCGAAGGAUGUCCCGAGCAUGCCCUUCUUGGUCUUCUGAUAGCCUCUAUGUCAGGAUCGGCCGCUGUGCAGGAGCUCUACAAAGACAUCGAACACAACGGCACUCGGCUCACCGAACUCUGCCAGCCUCCUCAUCUCAAUCAGUUCGAGGAGAAACUCGCUGAUUCAUUUGGCAAUGAUUACAGGUUAACCUUGGUUGGCCAGCAUGAUGAAGUAGAAGUCCAGGAGGAUGGCUCUUCCUUUGACCUGCUGCCCCCCGACCAUGUGCAAACGCCUGGGAUCCCGAUCGAGUUCGAUAAUAUGGCUGAGGCUUCCCCGAACUCCCAAGAUAAUCAGGAAUUAGUGACUGAAAGGGAUUCAUCAGCCAGUGAACUUCCUCGAGACCAUUCUGAUCUACCAAUGGAUGAUACGGGAUACACCCACGUUACCUACCCGCCGAAGGGGUUAAUCCGCCCCAAAUGGCCUCGGCCCGCAAGCAAGAAGCGCGCGAGAGAGUGUGUCAGUGGCGUUGGACGUUGCGGUCGAGGAAAUAGGCCCGAACCACGGGGCCCAAAUAAUGGAAUGACUGGGCUAACAGUGGACGAGAUUCGUGACAUCGCCGAGAGAGGACACAUAGAUGAACUCCGUGAUCAUCCUGAAGUCUUUAUCAACAAAAGGGGCAAGUUUCGAUUUGAAAUACACCCCGCAUACGCAUGGACAAUCCUUGAGGUGGUAGACGGCCAAUGGCCUCUCUCUAAGGACCAAAUGGAAAAGAUGUUUCCCGAAUUCUUUAUUGUGUGGCUCCGGAAUGAUCAAUACGAACCUAACUUCGAUAGCGAGUUCUCUUCCGAAGCCGACAUUGAGGUUAAGGAAAUCAACGAGAAGUUGGAUAUUGUCAUGGAAUGGCUCAAGUCAUCUCCGGUCGAUCAGCUAAUGACUGAACUUCAAAAACGAGAAGAUCAGCGAUGGGCUGAACUUCAUGAUAUGAUGGACAACGAGCGAGAACGCCAGCGUGAGCCAGCGUCGUCUCCCGAGGUGACUCUCGCCGCUAAGCACCAAGAAGGUGAAUCCAUUAUGGCCCAGAGCAUCGAAUACAUUCGGCCCGCACAAACCCGAAUGUCAUCUCCAGAGAUGACUCUCCCCGCUGAGUGGCAAGAAGGUGAAUCCGUUGUGGUCUAG